AUGCGCGUCUUCAUUCUAAUUCGCAUUCUAUUCUUCACUCUCAUCGCAACCGCCAUUUCGCUUUUCCUAUUUCACUCCAAAUUUUGCGUCAACUUCAGACCACAUCAACUUGAGGUAACUUGGGAAUAGUCGAUUUUGACCUGUUGUCGAAAAUCGCAACUCUGAACACGAGCUAUGACGUGGCAAAGCUUGAAAAUGUUUUUUUUCUCGCAACCAUGUCGUUGGAUGCGUUGCGGUUGUGCGCUGCGUGUUUCUUCUCAUAGUGUAGACCGCAAGCUUCCGCGUCAGCGGCACUAACUUCCGCUUCAGCGGCCACGUGGUUUACUAUGACGUGGAAACCGUAAACAUGAGUUAUGACGUGGCAAAGCUUGAAAAUGUUUGUCGUUUGAUGCGUUGCGGUUGUGCGCUGCGUGUUUUUUCUCAUUUUUGGCAAAUUUCAAAUAUAGAACACGCAGCGCACAGCCGCAACGCAUUCGAUGCCACGUCAUAACUCAUGUUCAAAGUUGAAUUCAGAAGUUUUUGACUUCAGGAUCGUGAUCAGCGCGUCAAAAUUCACUAUAACUUAUCCUAAUUCCAGAAAAUCCAUUCAAAUUGCGAGCAACAUCUGAAAUCAGCAAUAUCAUUCGAAAACGCAAAAUCAAGAGUUCGCCGAACUCCUCGAUCAAUCAACGUUCUUGUGAGAAGCAAGGAGAUCGGAGAGGUUGAACAUCUGCUGAAUUCGGACUCGAACUUUGAGGAGCCUGGAAAUUACACGACCUUGGAGCCUGAAGAUAAUUCAACGACGACAUCAGAUUUUAGCAAUGAGACUACGAUUGUGUAUACAACACCACAAGAGGCGAAUCUGACUUCGGACACAUCAGAAGCUUCAACAUCAGCUCCAAAACGAGAAAUCCUGUCAAAAUCUAGAUAUUUAUCAAGUUCUGACUGGCAUCACAUCGAAUUCGAAGGUCAAAAAUUGCGCAUUCAAACUCGUAGCUGCUUCGACUAUGAUUUCAAAUACAUCCUCGUCACUGAUUCAUCAUACAUCUCCCAAAUCCUCUCACCACUCCGCCUUUUAUUCAUAGUUAUCAUAACUUCUCUCCUAUUAUCACUUCUCGAUAUUGCUCUCAAAUAUAUCCUCAAAACUGGCUCACUUAUCCAAACUUUGGUGCAUUCAACAAUCCAAUUUCUACUCUGGAGUUUCAACCUGAUCUAUAUCGAAUUGUUCCGUCGAAAUUGGCAAAAAUCGUGGGAAUCGCACUCGAAUUUGCAAUUUUCGCCAGUUUAUCCAGGACAAUGGUUGCUUUUCGAAGUUGUCGCGUUCCUUAUCGUCAUGUUGAUUAUUUUUGAUACAAUUGCCUUCAAUUAUUCGAAUUAUCGCUUGAGAUUUGAGAAUAGUCAGGGAGUUUAUCGAAUUAUUGAAAGAGAGGAGGAAGAGGAACGAAAAAGACGUGGACAAAUUGGGCAAAAUGAAGAGGAUGAGGAAUAUUUGAAUGCUAGUGUUUAUCCAAGAGUUAUUUGA